AUGAACACGUCGCAGGUGGUUAAUGCAACGCAGAUGCACGAUAUCAAGGUUGAGUAUCUAUAUUUGUUCAGUUUCUCUAAGGAUAAGACUCGGCCCUGUGAAAUGCACCAGACGGGUAUAGAAAAGGGGUGUUUUCUCCAGGUCAUUCGUGAGCGCCUGCAGAUCCUGCAGUCAAACGUUCUUGACCUCACUAAUGCAUGUUUAACUUGGGUCGCUGAUGAGGUUGAAAAGGCUCUUCCCUACUUGACAAGCGUGAACGACGACCUGCUGCGUUAUAUUGAGAGCUAUCUGCAGACAGUUUCGAGAAUUGAGGUUUGA